AUGAUGGCUACUCUACAUCAUCGCAAACACAAUAAUAGUAAUAUUCGAAAUACUUCUACUAGAUACAAUUCUGAUUUCAACAAUAUUUCAAGAAGUAAUAGCCAUACGAGAAUUGACAAUUCACAACAAUUUAAUUCUCAAGCUCGUAACAUACCGAAUCAUUCAAUAAAUUUCCAAGAUAUAGAUAUGGAUGUAAAUAUGAAUAUGAAUCUGUCAUUGAGUCUUGACAUGAUGGACAGCACAGAGUUGGAUCAACAGCAACAACUGACACAACGGCAAUUGGCACAGCAACAAUUGAAUCAGCAAUUAAAUCAACAACAACAAAAUAAUAAUAGUGUGAAUCAAUCUGAUAGUGCUGAUCAUAAGAAAAUCACUGUUGCCAAUAAUAAUAAUAAUAAUAAUAAUAAUAAUAAUAAUAAUAAUAAUAAUAAUAAUAAUAAUAAUAAUAAUAAUAAUAAUAAUAAUAAUAAUAAUAAUAAUAAUAAUAAUUUAGAGCCAAGCAUGUCGAGAAAAAAAAGAAUUAUAGAAUUGAUUGAAGUUAAUGGGAAGAAAGUUUCGAAGACUUCUACAGGUAAAAGAAAAUUUCAUAACAAAUCGAAAAAUGGUUGUGUGAAUUGUAAAAGAAGAAGAGUUAAAUGUGAUGAAGGGAAACCAACGUGUAAGAAAUGUUUGAACAUGAAAUUGGAUUGUGUAUAUCUAAAUAAUAACAGUAAUGCUAGUGAUAAUAAUUCUAGUAAUAAUAGCGAUAAUAUUAAGCUUGAGGAAAAACCUGAUCUAAAUUUAUCUGUCCAAAAUUCACGUAAUAAUAAUAAUAAUACCAAUCAUACCAUUGAAAAUUCUACAUCUCUAAACUCCAAAAAAGUUAAAUAUGUAACAAGAAAUUCAAAUGGUACACUAGUAGAGUCUGAUAAUUAUAAAAAAUUGACUGAAAAUACAAAUGUUCCACUGUCAAGAAAUAAUAGUAAAUCGAACUCAAUACCUGAUAACAACGAAAGUAAUUCGGGAUUUAAUGAAAAAUCAAACUCUACAAGCUUAGAAAGUUUAUUAUUACCACCAUUAGAUACUUCUAAACCUAAGAGUAUGAAAAAUAAUUCUAAUAAUAAUUCAAAUAGUAAUUCAAAUAGUAAUUCAAAUAUAGAUAUCAAUUUAAUGAAUAAGACUUCAAGAACUAAUUCAAAUUCAAAUUUAAACUCAAAUUCAAAUUCGAUACCAAGCACAAAUAUAGCAUCUAAUGUACUGGGUAAUGUUAAUUUGAACAACUUAAGUAUGAAUAAUAUAGCUCAAUUACAGCAGUUGUUUCUACCACAAUUAAUGAGUAAUAGCAACAACAACACCAAUAAUAAUAAUAAUGGUGGUGGAAAUGACUUAUUAUCAGGGUUAGGUACCUUGUUAGGUGGUGCUUCAAAUGGAACUAAUGGUACUGAUUUGUUGUCGGGAUUAGGUAACCUAUUAGGAACCGCAAGCAACUCCAAUAACAAUGGAAAUUACAGUGCGAAUAACAUUAUUGAAAGUUUAUUGAAUGGUGUUACUUCUAAUAAUAAUCAAUCGAAUACAAAUAAUAUUAAUAAUCAACUAAACAUUAACAAUAAUAUUAAUACUAAUAAUAAUAAUAAUACUAAUAAUGCAAACCCAUUACAAAGUCUUGGAUUGGGCAAUUUAUUCACACCUAAUCGUAAUUCUAAUUCAUCAUCAAAUACUAAUGCAGCACCUUCAAAUAGUAGUAACAAUAGCAAUAAUAAUAAUCUUGGCGUCAGUAUAGCGUAUUUAUUUUCAGAUUCUUUGAAUGCCAAUGGAGCAGGUAAUAAUGUACUCAGUAAUGUUAUUAGCAACACAUUAGGAAAUGUAGGAAAUAAUAAUAUCAAUUUGAAAGCUUUAAACAUGAUGAAUAAUGGUUCGAACAAAAACACAUCGAAUAAUAACGGAAAUAUGAAUUUAAUUGGUACUCCAAAUGGCAUUGAUUUACAAGAUAUUAUUGGUGGCCUAAAACAAAAUUGGAAUUCACAAGCAAUGAAAGCAAGUAUUGCUGAGGAAAUUCUUGCUAAUAUGCAAAAUCAAAUUAGUAACGAGGAUAAAAAUAACAAAUUGAAAAAUAAUAAUAAUUCUAAUAAUAACAAUAGUAAUAGUAAUAAUGUUAAUAACAAUAAUACCAAUAAUAAUACUAAUAGUACUAGUAGUAGAAGUAGUAGUAGAAGUGAUGGUUCGACUAAUAACAUUAAUGACACUAAUGGACUGGAUAAUAAUCCAACUAUAUCACCACCAGUACCAAUAACGCCAAUGGCAACAAUUGUAGAAAAUUCUUCUGGUUUUAAUUCUUCACAUUCAGGCCUUAAUGCCAAUAAUAAUCAACUGAACGGUUUUGUACGAAAUAAGGGAAUCACUUCCAACAGAGAUAAUCAAAUUCAUCAUAUUUCAUCUCCAUCUGCUGUGGCUAUCGCUAAUAGAGAAGGUUAUUUGACUGGAAGUACAUUGUCUAAUACUAGUACUACAAGGGGAAUUUCAUCAUCUUCAAAUUCACGCAGCACAAGUUUAUCGUUAAAUAAGGGGAUUUCCAUGUAUUCUAGUACUAGCAAUAGUAACUCUACUCCAUAUAUGGGUAGUAUAAAUAAUAAUAUUAACAAUAAUAAUAGUAUUUCCAAAAGCAUAUUAUCUAACAAUAAUAAUUCUACCAUAAGUAAUGGAAUCGGGAACAUCGGCUCCAUGAAUGGGUUAAAUUAUGAUGAUGGUAAUAAUUCUACAAGUCGUAGUACCAGUAGUAAUAAUACUUAUAACUCCCCAUCUCCUCACAUUGCUAAACUAUUGCAUUUUUCUCAAAAUAACAACUUGAAUCUUGUUUCGUUGAAAUUGUUUUAUCAUUAUUGUACCACUGUUUGGGAAACAAUUAUUGAAGCAGGUAUUUCAGGACCAAAAAUAUGGGAAAAAGAUAUCCCGGAAAUGGCAUUUGAAUUCCCAUUCUUAAUGCAUUCAUUAUUAGCGUUUAGCGCUACACAUUUAUCAAGAACAGAAUCUGGGUUGGAGAGUUACGUGUCUACGCAUCGUAUCGAAGCACUAAGACUAUUGAGAGAGGCUGUUUUAGAGAUUAAUGAAGAUAAUACAGACGCACUAGUUGCUAGUGCGUUAAUUCUGAUAAUGGACUCAUUGGCUAAUGCCAGUAACACAACAAGAAAAUCAGGAAGUAACACUAAUAGUAUGUCUCCAUCAGCUUGGAUUUUCCAUGUCAAAGGUGCAUCAACUAUUUUAACAGCAGUAUGGCCAUUAUCACCAGAAAGUCGAUUCCAUGAUUUAAUUUCUGUUGAUUUGAGUGAUUUUUGUAAUACUAUUAAAUUGCAAGGAAACACAGGUUCUAAUAACAUUGGUAAUAAUGAUAAUACUGUAAAGGAGUUAAUAUGUUUUGAUGAAAGCAUAGCAGAUUUAUACCCUGUGGAAAUUGAUUCCCCCUACUUGAUCACACUAGCAUAUCUGGAUCAAUUAAACCGUGAUAAGAAUCAAAAUGAUUUUAUUUUGAGAAUUUUUUCCUUCCCUGCUUUAUUAGAUAAAACAUUUUUAGCAUUGUUGAUGACUGGUGAUUUAGGAGCAAUGAGGAUUAUGAGAAGUUACUACAAGUUAUUAAGGGGUUAUACUACAAAUGUUAUGGAUAGAGUGUGGUUUUUAGAAGGUGUGUCACAAGUAUUGCCUCAAGACGUUGACGAAUAUAGUGGUGGUGGUGGUAUGCAUAUGAUGUUGGAUUUCCUCGGUGGUGGUCUACCGUCUAUGACAACCACAAAUUUAAGUGAAUUUAUGUAA